AUGGAACCUUUUGGAAAAAGUCUAAAAAAAAAAAAAAAAUGUUUUAUUACAUUUGGAUGCCCAGAAUUAUCUUUAAUUAGAUUACAUCCGUUUAAUUUCUCAGUAGAGUUUUGUUUGAGGAAAGAUGAUUUGAAAAAAGUGAAAUGUUUUAUUGAAAAAAGUAAUCAUCCAAGAUUUGUUACUCUGGAUGUCUCUCUGGGAUGGUUUUUAAAGGAAGAAGUUCUUAACAAAUUGAUUAAAACGGAAAUACUAUGUGCACUUUCUAUGAAUAAUAUAGAUAUGGAUGAUGUUGUUUGUGUAAACAAGGGGAAGAUUAUUCUUUCUCUGACAAAAGAGACAUAUGAAAAGGUAGGUCUUGUAGGAAAGCCCUCUGCGUUUUCAAGAAAAUGUCCUAGAUGGAACGUAAUAUUAGAUAUGAGGGGGACAGCUAUGAAAAAAGGAAAGAAAGGAUUUGAUCGAAUUUUAUGGAGUUUUGAGAAUGUUCUUCAAAAAAAAUUUUCUUUUAGGAUGUCCGCAUUAAAUGAAAAUGAUAUUAAAAUUCUUGAAGAAGUUGUUGGUUCAUCUAGUUGUUUUGCGAAUUUUGAAAAACAUGAGUCUGGAAAAAUACUUUGCCCUUCUUUUUCUUAUCCAAGACAUGUGGACUAUCCAGGUAUAGACAGAAUUAUUCAAGCAGAAUGGGCUACGGAGAUAUAUGAAUGGUUAGGUUUAGUUUCUCUUGGAUCAGAAAGAUUAAACACCGGCUUUAAUGAUGAUCCAUAUUCAUUGCCCUAUAAUCUUUCAAAUUCUUCAGAAGAUGAGAUUAUAAGAUUUUUAUGGUCAGGAAUGAUUAGUUGUAGCUGGAUAUUAGAUUUAUGGGUAUUUUUACGGAACCUUAAAGAUAUAGAUUGGAUUUCUUUAACCGUUAAUGGAUUUGAGGAUUCACCUAUCAGUUGGGAAAAUUAUGAACAUGGAUAUUUUUUUGGGGGGGAAAAUACAUAUACAAUACUAAAGUUAAAUUCAGAUACUGUAAACAACCAAGAUUUGCAUUUUCUUGUUUAUGAAUAUGUAAAUAAUUUUGAUCAAUAUUCAUAA